AUGGAGUACAACACAGCCAUUUGCCGAGGAAUCCCAACAAGUUUGAUCGAAAAUGGACUUCGACUUGAGAACAAUCACUCUCCAAUCGAUGAAGCUUUGAUGAGAAGACAACAUGAUCAAUACACUGAUGCCUUAAAAAAGUGUGGGAUGAAAGUGAUCCAGUUACCCGCAGAUGAAACUCUACCCGAUUGUGUCUUUACCGAAGAUGCUGCAGUUGUCGUCGGCAAAAAGGCUGUUCUUACGAAUCAAGGGCAUCCAGCUCGACGAGCCGAGGCCAAAGAAAUGCGAAAGGCUCUUGAACAAGCUGGGGUGGAAGUCUUCGACAUGACAGAGGAGCCAGACUCACAUGUCGACGGAGGAGAUGUGCUCUUUACUGGAAGUGAAAUUUUCAUUGGCGACUCGAAAAGAUCAAACAAAGCUGGAGCCGAGUUUUUAAGAAAAUCUUUCGGUAUCCCUGUACAUCAAAUCAAAGUUGACGAAGGUUUGCAUCUCAAAUCUAACUGCUCUAUGCUCGGACUGAACAAGAUCAUCAUCUCGAAUGACAAAGACGGAAAAAGCAUGGCAAGAGGAAUCAUCGCUGCUGCUGAAAAUUCGUACACCUUCGUUUUUGUCCCGGAUAUAAAGGCUUCAAAUGUCGUUUCCUUCAACAAGACUGUUUUCAUUCCUGCCGGCUACCCUAAAUCAAGAGAAAUCAUAGAAGACAACAUCGCGAAAGACAUUGAAAUUGUCGAGCUUGGAAACACAGAGCUUUCAAAAGUCGACGGAUGCCUCACUUGCUGCUCUGUUCUUAUCAACGUCUGA